UUAAUUAAAAUCACAUAUACAGCAUUAGUGUCAUAAACCAAUUAUAUUAAUUGAAAGUAAUGCACAAUAACUACAUUUGGUUUGAAGUACAUUAAUACAAAAACUAUAUACAUAUUUGGCUUCAGCUCAUUUUGUUAAUGUUAUAAAUUUAUAUAUCCAGAAUAAACAAUAGUAAUAAGUUAUGCGAACGUUUAAUUCGAAACAAUUAACAAUAAUAUUUUUUUAUAGAUGAUUUUGGUUUAUGCAUAUACAAGAGAUGAUAAGUUUUACGAUUUAUCUCUACUUAAUUCCAUUUUAGAAUCGGCAAUACAUAAUACUUAGAUCAUACAUGACUAUAGCCUAUAGGAAACUAAUAUAUGCAUGAUUUUAACACACAUAGUAAUCUAGGUCUCAGCUCACUUCAGUGCACAUUUCUUAACAAAAUCUUAUUUGAAAAUUAAGAAAUGAUGAUUGAGAAGUUGUGUCGUUGAAUCAUAAGGUUUAAGAAAAGCAACGUGAUUAAACAUGGUCGGUGAAACACAUACAUGGUGAGAAAAGUUCAUUGCGAUUGUUCAUAUUUGUGCUCGUAAAAUGAAUAGUCUUUUGUUAAUUCACCACUAGUUUGUGUGAAGCACAAUGUUAAUGUAAUGUUGCACAUGUCUAUUGGCAUAACUUAGAAAAACGUUGUUGGAUUGAUUCGUUGUAUACUAUAGUAUAAAAAGACAAACAGGAUAUAGAUAUGCUUUUGAGUUUUGAGACGAUGGAUCUACAGUCAUCUAGAAAGACAAAUUGAUCUACACAAAGCUCUAAAUGUGAAAGACAAAUUACUCACAAAUUAAGCAGUCGAAAUAAUAAAAGUUAAAAAUAGCACGUGACUUAUUCUAACACACAAUCAAUCACGUACCUAGAUUCUUAUACCCAAUUAAACAUGUUUAAAAUUAAAAUAUAAACUGUGUGAAAACGAACACAAGCGAUAUAAUAAUAAUUAAAUAACAAAUCACAAAAGUUGGUUCUUUCUUAAAAAGCGUCACAUAUGAUGAUAAUAAUGGAUCCAAUACCUUUAUAUUUUAAAGAAAUGUCACUGUCAUAUAAACCCAUCCCAAAAAUAAAGAAAUAAAAUAUCAUUAUCGACAUGCCCAGAAAUUAACGCACGUGUUUCCAAAAAAAUCAAAUCACAAAACAAGCCCGUGUCUGAAGAGUGUGUGUGCCAGUUGGCAACUAACCAACAUUUGAAAACGCCCAUAUAUAAAGAGCUUCUUUCCACUUUCAGUUUCUCCCCAAACAAAAACACUUUCACUUCCUCAUCAUCAUAUCUCCCAGGUGCUUCAACAAAACUCCAAAAUUAAAUGCAUUAUCCUAACAACAGACCCGAAUUAUCAUCCGGAGCUCCAUCUCCGGAUCGUGAUUUGACCCGGUAUCCGUAUCAUAAUCAGGAGCAAGAACUAUCCGUCAUAGUCUCGGCCUUGCAGCACGUGAUCUCAGGGGAAAACGAAACGGCGCCGUAUCAGGGCUUCUCCAGCACAGUGAUAAGCGCGGGAAUGGCUCGUUCGGAUUCCGACGCUUGCCAGGUGUGCAGGAUCGACGGCUGUCUCGGCUGUAACUACUUUUACGCGCCAAAUCAGAGAAUCGAAAACAGACACCACCAACAAGUAGAGGCUGAAGAAGAAGGGGUUAGUAAUAGUAGAAGAGAGAGCCACGUGGCGGCGGCGGAAGGAGGAGGGAAAGUGAGGAAGAGGAAGAACAAGAAGAACGGGUACAGAGGAGUGAGGCAGAGGCCUUGGGGGAAAUUCGCAGCUGAGAUCAGAGAUCCCAAGAGAGCGACACGUGUCUGGCUCGGCACUUUCGAGACCGCCGAGGACGCUGCCAGGGCCUAUGAUCGGGCCGCUAUUGGGUUCCGUGGGCCGAGGGCGAAACUCAACUUCCCGUUUGCGGAUUACACUUCGUCUGCUGAUGACGUGGGAACGAGUGCGAGUGCGAAUGCAAGUACGAGCGUAAGUGCAACGGAAUCUGCUGAAGCAGAACAAUGGCGUGGAGGAGAUUGUGAUAUGGAUGAAUAUUUGAAGAUGAUGAUGAUGGAUUUUGGGAAUGGUGAUUCUUCGGAUUCAGGAAACACUAUUGCUGAUAUGUUCCAGUGAUUCUUCUUCUUCUUCUUCUCCAACUUUGCUCUUUCGAGAAUUGUAUUUGGUUCAUAAAAAAAAUUGAGCUCUUUCUUGUUUUAGUUGAAGAAGAGAGUUGACACUGGAAUGACUUGUUUAAAGUAAGCAAAGAACAUGUAAUUAUUACUAGUGCAUCAAUUUUUGUAUUUUAAUAUGUUCCUCUCAUAGUUCAAACUAAACGAGGACAAGAAAUAAAUAAAGAGGUUUAACUGAUA